ACUGGUACGAGUCUAACCUUGUUAUCUGCAUCACUUAUCUCACAACUAGUUUAUUGAGACCUUUAGCUAGCCAAGUUGAAGACUUGGACUACUAUAGCUGAUUGAGCUAGCUACUAAUAUUAUAGCUUUGUGGGUGAGUUUGAUUUUGGUGAGGAUUAAUCAAUGGGAAGGAAACCUUGCUGUGACAAAGUUGGGUUGAAGAAGGGACCAUGGAUAGCUGAAGAGGACACGAAGCUCAUUAACUUCAUCCUUGCCAAUGGCCAAUGCUGCUGGAGAGCUGUUCCUAAGCUUGCAGGAUUAUUAAGGUGUGGAAAAAGUUGCAGGUUGAGAUGGACCAACUAUCUGAGGCCAGACUUGAAGAGAGGUCUUUUAUCAGAAUAUGAAGAGAAAAUGGUCAUUGAUCUUCAUGCUGAACUUGGCAACAGAUGGUCCAAGAUUGCCUCUCAUCUCCCUGGAAGAACAGAUAAUGAGAUCAAAAAUCAUUGGAACACCCACAUCAAGAAGAAGUUGAGAAAAAUGGGGAUUGAUCCUCUCACCCACAAACCAAUUGCUAAUGUCAAUGACCAAAGCCAACAAUCACAAAGGCAAAAGCAAGAAGGAGAAGAAGAACAAUCCUGUGCAGCUAAUGACAAAUCUGAAAUUGACCAAAAUGCCCCUACUCAAGCCAAAGAGGAAGAUUCCAAAAACACGGGAGGUGAUGGAUUGGAUAAAAUGGAGUUCUUGAUUGAUGGAUUCUGCAUAGAUGAAGUUCCACUAAUGGAGUUCUUGAUUGAUGGUGUUCCUUCUUCUUCAUCAAACUCUUCAUCUUCUUGUUCAAAUUCAUCAUCCAAUUUUCUUGAAGAAUUACACCUCCCAGAUUUUGAGUGGCCUGAUUGUGAUUACAGCAACAACAGUAACAAUGGCAGCAUGCGCUUGUGGGAUGAAGACUUCAGCAGCUGGGGUCAAGAAUCUUGGGCAUAUGGGCUCUUGUGAAAAGAAAAAAAAAGAACUAAAUUUUUUCCACUUGGAUUAUAUGUUGUAAUUUGCUUGUUAAUUACUUUCUGAAGAGUAGAAAAUAAAGCAUGUAUGUAUAGCAUUUUUUACUCUUUUAGGAAGUGAAAUGAAAUAAAUUAAAUUUAAUACUUUGUGUGUAAUGGAAGCAUUUAGAUUUUUAUUUCAAUGUGAUGUAGGCUGGCCAGUUUCUUCUA